AUGGCCCUUCGUCGUCGCGAUCUAGCGUUAGCCGGCGUCGCUGCGUUCAUUGCCUGGGGCUUGUUGGUGCGCGAACUACCGAUCCUCCGCUACCUAGGAUAUGCCGUGACGCUGGGCGUCGUGCUGUCUUCAGUGGGUUUACUGGGGCUUGUCACACUGACAAUUCGACGCCCAAAUGAGGUUCCAAAUACCAAGAAGGUCUCGGUGGCUUUCAUCAAACCCGAUCACUGGCACAAGGAGGUUCUCAAUGUACGACGGAGUACUCGAUACCGGGCACGACCCCUCUAUCCAGAGUCCUUUGUUGUCUCGGAGGGCAUUGACGAACUUCUUUCAUUCAUAGUACGCGACUUUGUUUCCUCCUGGUACCACAACAUCAGUCCGAGUCCGAUAUUUGCCAAUGAAGUUGACCGGACAAUCCGUGUUGCUCUCGACAAUCUACGCGACAGGUUGCUUGCAGAGGACAUGAUCUCGCUGGUGGUAUCAAGAAUAAUUCCAAUUGUGACCACGCAUCUCAAAGAAUUUGACAUAGCAGAGCGAUUGGUACGGGGGCGCAACUUGAAUCGCAACGUGACCGAGCCCGGCGAGCUGGACUUGGCAAUCGCAAAGAAGUACCGCGAUGGCAGAUUACAUCCUGCUGUUGCGUUGUCCGUGUCCGACCAGAAAAGCGUUCAGCAGGAGUAUUUGCGCAAGCUGGCGGUUGGCCUUUUACCACAAUUGUUUCCAGAGAGUGUUUUGAAUAGCCGGAUUGUGUCGGUCUUGAUCCGUGAGAUCAUUUCAUGUGCCGUGCUUCUCCCGAUUGUCACCGCAUUGUCUGAUCCGGAUACAUGGAAUCAGUCUGUGGAGGCCUACGGCCGCACAGCUCUGCAGGACAGGAAAACCGUGCGCAAAUUGCGCGCCGCAUUGGAUGAGCAUGCAUCGCCAGCACCCAAGUCCAAACGAGGGCAUCCAUUCCCGCGACUAUCGGUUACUGAUUCGGAGCGAGCCUUUGAGCGGUUUGUCCGGGCGAUCAGGAAAUGCAACAAUCUCUCUGAUGCGCGUCGAUUCCGUGCCUUGGUUUCCAGUCAAUUGAAGCAAGAGAGUACCGUUGAAGGCCAAGAUCAGGUCUACUUGCGGCGAUUGGAAACGGGCAAAAGAGUCCUGGACCAGAAGGUGGCCAACCUCUCCAAAACUGGCGAUGAUUCCAUUGUACCUCCAUCUCUAGACCUUCGACCCGACAACAUUGGACCUACGGUGCGCGAAACUUCAUUGGUGGAAGUUAUGCACAGUGCUUCUGGAUUAUCUUAUUUCAUGGAGUUCAUGGAUCGCCAAAAGCUGAUGUCGCUAGUCCAAUUCUGGAUUGUGGUGGAUGGAUUCCGCAAUCCACUAGAAGACGACUUCGGCGACGAGGCAGACUCCGCAUCAAUCACAUGGAAACCAGCAGAUAGGAACGAUAUUGCCCUUAUCAGCGAGACAUAUAUGGCCAAGUCUGAGUUGAAGGUCUCCGACGACUCUCGUCGAGCAAUCAAGACGUUUUUGAGUGCCGGGAAGCGGGCAACCCCAGAGCAGUAUCGCAAGGCGCGGACAGUUGUUUUGAGCACUCAGUCCGCCGUUCUGGAGCAUUUGCAAGAGGCAUACUAUCCCAAGUUCAAAGAAUCGGAUCUUUACUGGAAGUACCUUGCGUCUGACGAAGCGUCCGCAAAUAACCAAGCCUCAUCCCGCCAAUCAUCUCCAAUAUCGGCCACUUUUGAGCCCAUGGAGAGAAAACCUCUGCCGCCUUUGCUUUCACGCACAUCCUCUCAGCCCGGCCUCCGGGCAUCCAAAGAUAUUCGAAGAGCUGCAGUAUCUUCGACUGAUGUCCGAGCCAUGGGCAAACUUUUUGAUGACGAUGACCCUCCGCGACGAUCCAUAGAUUCAGAGCGAUCUGGUCUUUUUGACGACGAUUACGACACAGACAAUUUAGCAACGUCAACUCAUAGCCUAGGAAAGAAUUCCCAGAAUGGCGAAAAUGAUGUCAGCCAAAGUCAAGUCCUCGAAACCAUGGAGGCAGCACUUAACGACAUCAUUACUGGUGAGCCCAAGAAUGGCAAAUUGGAAGAUACCAAAGGGGAGACUUCAGGGCUAUUUGGACCCGAGCGACCUGUUCUUGCGCGCAACUCAUCCGAGGCCUCUCAGGUAGAGAGCCGUGGAAAUGAGAAAAUGAAAAAGAGCAUCGCGUCAUUGGGCCUGGUAGGCCAUGGAUCCCGACUUGGUGUAUUCGACGAUGAAUUAUUCCCGGAUCAGCAGAGAUUCAUCGAGGAUGAAUACGAGGAGCCAGAAGGAGCUGAUGACAAAGACCCUGCGGAUGAAGUGCAUGAAGCUGCGCCCGGGGAUCUUGGUCUGACAGAAGCAAUCGAAGCCUUGUCCAUUGAUAUUGACAAGCUUGCGGCGCAGGACGCUGUGGUUCAAGCUUUGACACGCAAAGCCGAGCUUACGAAUAACACGGCAGAGCUGCGCAUUCUGCGCAAAUCCAAAGCCAGCAUCGAGCGGGAAAUGCAUCGCAAGGAGAUGCAGCGACAACAGUACAUUCUGCAAGAAAGCGACAACAGUCUGUACGGCCGGUCGACUGUCAGCCUCAAGUCUACUGUUGUAGGAAAAGAGGAGGAUGAUGGCCGCGAAUUUGCAAUGUAUAUUGUGGAGGUGCAAAGGAAAGCCGGCGAGCAAAUGCCCGCUGCAUCCUGGGUUGUUGCACGGCGUUAUAGUGAAUUUCACGAUCUCCACCAGAAGCUUCGCCAGCGAUAUCCCUCCGUUCGUCACUUGGAGUUUCCUCGUCGACGGGUUGUCAUGAAACUUCAGAAAGAGUUUCUCCACAAACGCCGUCUCGCCCUUGAAGCCUACUUGAGAAAUCUUCUUUCCCUACCAGAUGUCUGUCGCAGUCGCGAUCUGCGAGCAUUCCUCUCGCAACGUGCCAUUCUCCCCCACAAAGAGAAUGCCCGCGACAACGAAGGCGAGUCCAAAGACUUGGUGACUCGAAUUUAUAACUCUGUUACAGACGGCAUGGAUGAUUUCCUUGGCAACUUUGGUGUCUUGGAUCAAUUGUCCACGGCCGGUCAAAACCUGAUUUCCGCCGCAACACAACAAGCCGGCACCGCCCCAACCACCGACUCAAGUCUCGCGACCGAAGACGCAGUCUCGUCCGCUGAAGCAGAGGCCGAAUUGAAUGCCUUUGAAGACCGGGAGUUGGAACCCUUUAUCAAGCCCAUCUGCGAUCUGUUCCUCGAGGCAUUCGAGCUAAAUCGCGGUAACAAUUGGUUGCGUGGUCGUGCCGUUGUCGUCGUCCUGCAUCAACUCCUGGGAGGGACAAUCGAACGGAAGGUUCGAGAUGGCGCUCGCGGUCUCAUUCAAGAUGAUUCGCUCCUUAAGUAUAUCUCGCUAGCUCGAGAUCUCAUGUGGCCCGGUGGAGUUCUCCGCAAGGCGGCUCCUCGAUCGGCGGCUGAACGUCUCAACAGCCGGGCCGAAGCGACAGUAGUCCUGGCGACUCUGAUCCCCGAUUUGGCCGGUAAUGUCGUUGGCCGGGGCAAUGCCCAAGCUGCUGCACGACGCAUCUUCGCGACUCUAAAUAACCAAUACCUCAACACGCAUCUUAUCUUUACCAUCAUCGAUGAGAUAUUCCUGGUCCUCUUCGGAAUGCCAUCUGGUCAUUCUCGAUGA